AUGUAUACACACACAUCUACCUACAUACAUACACCCACCGCCCCAAGCUGUGACGCAGGCAGUCUCAAGGCGUCGCACACUCAGAUGGUUCACGUGAUUUUCCCGCACCACGCCAACACCUCUGGCAUUACGUUCGGAGGACAGAUCAUGUCGUGGAUGGAGACUGCUGGCCAGAUAGCUGCGUCGAGAUUCAACCGCUCCCCCAGAGCUGUUUUGGUAUCGGUCGAUAAUUUGUCAUUCAGAGAGCCCACGCAUAUGGGCGAUAUGGUCUACAUCGUUGCCAAGGUGUCCGCGUCGUACACAACGUCGGUAGAGACAGUGGUGUCGGUAUACAAAGGAAAGGGCAUGGAACUAGUACACUGCAACAGUGCGUUCAUGACCUUCGCCAACAUAGAUGGCGAGACGGGCAAGUCGAAAUCUGUACCCAAAGCGGACGCUACUACGGCCGAGGAGAUGGCGUUGGUGUCCACCGCAUGGCACCGCCGCAAAAUCCGAAUCGACCAAGUGCAGAAACUCAGGCGACCCGAAAACAUGAACGAGCAAUAGACGCACCAAGUGUGGUAGUGGGAGCAUGGGGAGCAUGGGGAUCAAGCAGCCUUAGGCCCUUCUAAAGCUUGUCGUUUUGUGCUAAAAUAAAGGAUAAUCCCACGAUUUAAUAAAUACAGUAUAUAGUU